UCUCCCCCAUAGAGCGCAGCAUGAGCGCUCCGCGGCAAAAGGAUGUGUGAGCAGGCAGCGCGCUACUGUCGGGACGGAGUCCACAAACUGCUCAACAAAGAACAAGCCAAACUUCGAGCCCAGGAAACCCGCGAGCAGCCGAACCCCGUAGCCGGUCAGGACAGCGAGUCCGCGACGGCAGCGCAGCCCGGAAACAGCGGAGCCCAGCCCGGUGGAAUCGACGGGCUCGUCCGCUGGAUCGUCACCAAAAUGAGCGACAACAAGAACAUCUCCAGCCGGGAGUACGCCUCCAGCAGGGAGGAGGUGGCCGUGGCGCAGGAGCAGUUCUUCGCCCCGGAGCCGCGGAGAGGCAUCUCGGUGAUUUUGGAUAUAUUCAGAAGAGCUGACAAAGACGAUGAUGGUAAACUGUCUCUGGACGAGUUCCAGGCCUUCUUCUCUGACGGUACGCUGAACGAGGAGGAGCUGGAGAAGCUGUUCCACACCAUCGACUCUGAUAACACCAGUAAUGUUGACACGAAGGAACUCUGUGACUACUUUGCUAAACACAUGGGGGACUAUGAGGGAGUUCUGGCCUCGUUGGAAACACUCAAUCUUUCCAUCCUUAAAGCCAUGGACUUCACCAAGAAGGUUUACGAAAGAGGAACCAACGUAGAGCAGUUUGUGACACGCUUCCUCCUGAAGGAAUCGGCCAAUCAGAUCCAGUCUCUGCUGAGCUCUGUGGAAAGUGCUGUGGACGCCAUUGACGAACAGCACAGCCAAUCAGGUCAUCUACCUGCCAAGGCGAGCCCACGAAUGUCUGAGAAGCGCAAUGACAACGCUGUCCCUGACUACCCUCCUAACAACAGAGUCAGCGCCGCCAGGGAGGCUGUCAGGACCAUCAACACUGCUUCAGGUGCAGUGGAGGUGAGGAAAGAAGGUCUGGAGUCUCAGAUCAACCGCCUGGCUGAACUAAUCGGUCGACUGGAGAAUAAGACGGUCUGGUUGGAUCUGCACCAGAGGCUAACAGACACAGAUGGCACACCCAGCGCCUCCUUGUUGCUGAUUCGUCAGGAGAUGGUGGUUUCCCAGAAGAAGCUGGGCGAGUUCUGCGAGGCCCUGAAGCAGUACCUGAAGAACGUGUCCGCUCAGAGAGACUGUUUUCAUGUGACCGCCGUGCGUCUGCCGGACGGUUUAUCCUUUGUCGUCUACGAGUUCUGGGACGGAGAGGAGGAGUGGAAGAGACACCUCCAGUCCACCCCCAACAAAGCCUUUCAGCAUGUGAAGGUGGACACACUGUGCCAGCCGGAGACCGUGUCCUCUGUAGCCGUGCCAGCCGCCUGGUGCAGCGUGAACAGGGACUGAGCAUGAAGACUUUCCGCCACACGCCAAGACUCCUCCCUCUCCGACCCGCCCUCCGCCCCUGAAACCUUCUCCCCCUGCAUUUCACCCACUCUCACGCCCUCUCCUCUCUCCACCCUCACAUUCCUCAACUCUUUUUGUAAGUACAUGUUUACACAGUGCAAAUCGAUGGUGUCAACUACAGUGAAAAUUGAACAAACAGUGCAUUGGACAACGUGAGAUAUAAAAAAAAGAAAAAGAAAAAAGAAGCUUAAAAGGCGUUUGCAUCUCACCGUGGUGGUUUGCUGGUUGGAGAUUUUUUGGGAUUAUUUCAUGCUCAUGUUUCCAGUAGCUUUGAGCCUGGUGGAGUUCGUCUUGUAGCAGGAACCCCGGCGUAGAGUUUUUCAUGUAGCAGUAACCGUCAAUGGGUCGAGUAUUGUGUCAUUUAAUUUCACAAAGAAAGUGAAGGUUGAAUUUACCAUAAAAAGGCUCCUCUUCUGUACGUAGCUGUCAUUUCUUAGUAGCUGCUCUCUCCACUUCUGUUCUCAUUGUUCUAAUAAUUCCAAUGGUUUUGUAAAUGAACAAAUGGUUUUGACGUCUUUCUCACAUCAGCCAUUCUGAACUCAGACAUGUUGAGUAAUCGAGGACGAACAACAGACCACGUGGGCAAAUUAGCUUGAAAUCUCAGGAGCAAACUGAAAGCUUGAAUUUAGCUCGAAGGUUAACUAGCUCGAUGCUUCUGUGAAUAUAGCUUCGUGCUUUUCAGCAUUAUAUACUUUUCGACCCAACCCGAUUUUGUAGGCAGUCAGAAUCUCUAACAGUUUAUUACAAGAUGCUCCUAGAGUCCAAUGUUCCUCAGGUCAGGAUCAGGGUCCGGUAUUACCGAGGUCUUAAGGUUCCCAGGAUCUUUAUAUCCGCGGCUCCUAUGUUCCCAAAGGUCUUAAGGCCGAUUCAAAGUUAACUGGAACAAAAACCCUAAGUCUAAAAGUUCCCUCUGAGAGUUUUUAAAGGUAAGAAUGACUCUGAAGAAGAUAUGGGCGACAAAUACAACAUAUCUGAUGUCGUAGUGUAUGUAAUAAUUUAACUAUCUUCAUUCCCAAAUAAUAAAAAAUUAUAAUUUUACCAUCUCAACACACAAAUGAGAGAGUUAGAUCCAUUUGUUCCCUGAGAUCUUCAGAAUGGCUGCUGUGAGAAUUGCAGGUGCGACAUACAGAGAAACAUUAAGUUCUAUUUCUUCAUGUAGCUUUUAUUCCAUCGAACACUUUGGGGUUUGGAUUUCUCCGCGUUGACCUCAGGGUCAUUCUAGUUGUGACAUGAAGCCUUUUGCUGCUACAUGAGACAGAGGAGAGAGAAACAGCUCCUCACUGAUCUCCAUGCAGCUCAACAUGCUUUUACUUUCGCCUUCCGCCUGUGUAUUCCAUGUCUGAAUUUGGCAGUGGGUAACUUAUUAGCUGUGUGAGUCUAGUAGAGAUUGUACAUAAUGCAAACGUUGUUCUAUUAUGAUUCUACUUGUAUUUAUUGACAUAUUUGAGUGCACAGUUUUCCUCGGUGGGAGCUGAACAGCAGCUUUACAGUUGCUGCUCAGCUCCUCUCAACAGUUUCUUUGAAUCAAACCAUCGGAAACAGACACACCCCAUCUGAACGACAUCGAAUUUAAAAGCCUUAAACAUCACCACAUGCUAGAGGAGGUUUUUCAAAGGGUUUGUUAAAAAAAAAAAAAAGAGAGACGACUUAACUUUUUUUUGAUGUGACGUAAACUCCCAGUAAGCAGGGAAACGCCCACUAGGGGUCUUUCGGUGUCGGCCUCUCCGCAGGUUAUGCAGAACCCGUCCUGAGUUGCAGUAACGUGUCGACCGUUUCACAGAGAGCGUUCGAUUUCUCUACGCCAGACUUAUGCAGUUCUCGACAUCUCGAGAUACGACUUCACACCACUGUAUGUGCCGUAGCCGAUCCACCACAUUAGCAUUUCCCACACACAAUAAAGACGUAUAUUUCCACUGUUGACCCCCAAAGUGCAAAAAAAGUCACGUAGAGGAAGGGUUCCACUUUAACAGGAGGGAUCACAGGUGGUGCAGAUCUCAGCCGUCAGAAUCAGACGCAUGAUGGGUCUGAUCUCCCAGUAAACCAUCCACAGGAAAUCCAUCUGAGCAGAUUGAUAUUGAAAAAAGUUUUUUCCAUAAAUCAAAAACACGAAAGUAGACUGAAACCUCCACAGUAACUUAAACAUCAACUCGAUCACGUGUUUGUUUGAUGGACUGAACUUCAGUGCAUUAUAAACCGGGACAUGUGCAGAAGAACUGGAAUUUACUGUGAGUAAAAAAGAAAUAGUGAUUUUUCAUUUCAGUAGAUGUCAGAUUUGUUGGAAUUGAUCAGACCCACCUCUGCAUCUGCUCUGACUCCCCCCCAAAUCUCACCCCUUCGCCCUGGGGAGGGACUGAAAUCCCCCCCCCCCACCUGACCUCACCACCACCCCCACCACUGAACGCCCUCCACACUACAAUCAGACUCUCGUUCAGAAAGCACAAUGUAAAAAUGAGUGGAUAUUGUGACUCGAAGAUACAGAUAUAUUAGAGGUUAUUGAGUAUGAUGAGAGUAUUUAGAGAUGAAUAUAUAUAUAUAUAUAUAGUCUUACUGUUUAUCUGGUUUAAGAUCUACUAUUCAUGAAUCACUCCUUUCCAGCUCUUUAUAGCUACUUUCAAAACGGUGCCAUCUGACCAUCCGCCUCAGUGUUGGGUCUAUUUUCUUUUCCAUCUGUGAACGACAGAACUGUGGUGGCAGUGAGCGAGGAUUCAGCUUCACGGGUACAACGUCGAUCUCUCUUCCUUUAGAGCGCUGGGCUGCGUUGAGCCGGGCCGAAACAUGUGGAGUUAGUAUAACUUAUACUGUAAAAUAAAUGUAUAUCACGGUAGACUUGUAGAACAUGCAUGCAAAGGCUUUAUCUAUGAAACUUAUAUCCAAGAGUCUGAGGUAUUCUGUGGAGUUUCUGACCACCAGGUAGCGCUGCAGAGCAAUAUAAAGUGGGCCCCUGUUUUUGUAACUGACUGUAAAUAAAGAUGGACGACUCAUCUGCGCGUCCUCCCACUGUCCAAAAACGAAGCCAAAAUAUCAGGUGCUGCCAUCUUGCUUCUACGUAGCUGUGUCCAUAUGCAAGUCAACUGGAGGUGAAUUAUUUUACUUUUGGGGUUGAAUCGUAUGGAAGUUAGCAUAAAAAAACGAAUUAAAAUUGUUUGACAUCGUUGAUAGUAAAUCUGUGUAAUUGUAUCAUUAAAUAUAAAUUUGUUCAGCUAGUUUGACACUUUAUGAAUUCCUUUAAUGUGCGAAAAAAAUCAAUUGAAGUUAAAUAAAUGUGGAAAAGAUCAUUCAUUCAUUUAUUUGGAUAUAAUCAGUAGAUAUUAAGAUUUUAAUAAACAAACAAUCUGCAAUAGUUUCCUCCAGAUGGUUAUUAUCCGUUAAGAACUGUAUUUCCAGACAUUGAACACUAGGGGGUGGAGUCUCUAUAUGAAAUGGAAUACGAACCCAAAACAAAACUUGUUCGGAAAUGAGUCGUAAAAUUACUUUGAAAACCCUCCAAGGAUUAGCUAAAUUAUAAUUUACGACAUUUUAACAUCUUAUCGUUCCUCAACGAACUAGUUUUAGCUUUUUUUCCAACGCUCUCGACUACAGAUUGUAAAAAUAGUUUGGCUUCGAUUAUGUUUCCAUUUUAUUCUCGUCGCAUAUUUAGUAUUUAAUAUUUAAUAGCUGCUCCCACGGCGCCACAUUCUGCUGCUUUUUGUUCCCAAGUCAACUCCACAGGGUCCUUCAAGCUUCCACUCAUCAAAUAACUCCUUCACUCCUGUGCAGCUACAAACUGUCACACUAGCUGCUGAGCUCUGAACAGAAACACAAAGCCAUAGUGCAUGGGUUGAUGUUUACACGUCAGUGACUUUACCACACUGACAGCCAUAGUACCACAGUGCUGGAGCCCCGCUGAACGCAGCCCACGCGCUCUAACCGAGAGGGCGCUUCCUGUGCGCGGCGCCCGGCCCCGGUCGGGUCGUGCAUGCGAGGUCGAUCAUCAGAAAAUGCCCGACGCUGUUUCCUGUUGAAACAUUCCUAAAUGUCCCUCUGACACGUGCCACCGGCUCCUUUUUCUAUCCCACGACUCGACCGAACGUUUUCCUGGCGACGCGCGAGAGGACAGGAGGAGGUCGUGUAGCCGUAGAGACGCUGGCGGGUCAGGAAGCGUUUUACCUCAACACGUGUUGUCACAUGACACCGAGCCAAUCGAGAAUAUACAUCAAGGCCGUAACUCCUCCCCUCCGCGGGUGUGUUCUUUUCUAUCCUUUAACUGAGUGCAUGUCAACUGAAUGUCCAGUAACUUCUUUGCUGUAGUAUUAGGCCAUGCUACUCUUCAAUGGGUUUUGUGCUUUUCUUACCUUCUUUCUUUUCUAGUAUUCCUAUGAAGAAGACAGAGACUAAAAUCUAUUAUAUGAAAUAUACACUAUAUGACUAGAAAAAAAAAAAAUGGCAUACAUGAAUGAAGAGUCACUUUUAUGGCAAUGUUUAAUGAAAUAUUAAUUCUUAAUGUAUGUUUCAGUAAACGGCUUUCUCUUCUUAAGUGUAGAGACUUAUUGCAGGGAUGCAAGUAUUAUAUUUGGUCUUUAAAGAAUAUCUUGUUGAAAUUCUAGAUGAUGUAGAGUGAUGCAAUUCAAUAAAACUAGAAAACUGAGAAACAA